UUCAAGGUGUUCCGAAGUCCUGUUUAAUAUGGAAUCAUGAGUUGCAGAUGUUAAACUGUUUUUUAGUUCCGUUAUAUCUGUGGUUUCCCAAUGAGAUUGUGAACAAUUACUAAACUAAGGCGAUUUUAUUCUGUUGGAGUUAAGUGUGGUGAGAAUGAAUACAUCUAGGGUGAACAGUUACUAAACUAAGGCGAUUUUAUUCUGUUGGAGUUAAGUGUGGUGAGAAUGAAUACAUCUAGGGUGAACAGUUACUAAACUAAGGCGAUUUUAUUCUGUUGGAGUUAAGUGUGGUGAGAAUGAAUACAACUAGGGUAAAUAUGUCCAAGGUAGCGAAAGAGGUAGCCGAAGAACAUAUUAUACCUCGUUGAUUCUAUCAUGAAGAAUGUUGGAGAUGUAUAUACUUCGCUCUUCACUCAGAACUUUGUUUCAACCUUGUACGGUGUUUUUGAAAAGGUGGAUGAGAAAACACAAUGGCCCAGAUGUUCAUAUCAUGUGAAACUUGGAGUGAAGUGUUCCCGUCAGAGAAGUUGAAUGCGGUAGAUGUACAUGUAAAUGCAAUGGAUCCAUCAUGGCCAAUCACAGCUGAGCCUCCUACCAUAUAUGUGAAUCCAAAGUUUUUUCGUAAUUCUGGGACAGUUACAGUAACUCUUCCUGAAGCAGCUGGUGCUCCUGCUGUCACCCCUGGUGUACGAUCGAGGUAUCCUGGGCUUGCUUCUCGGCAACUGCAAUCUAAUGCAGUUCCAGAAAAUAAUAUGGUACAGCCACAUGAGGAUGUCAAAAGUAAGCUAACAGACUUUCAGUUUUCAUGCCUGGUUAUUGAGUGUAUGUGUGUUGGUGGGGGUUUUUCCUUGGGGAAUUUGCACUGUACUGCGGCAGCAUUUCAGUUCUUUCUUGUUGCAUUUUUAAUUUCCUGGUAGCGUAGUUAGUUGAGGCACUAUGCUACAAGCCGGAAGGUCGUGGGUUCAAGUCCUG